AUGCCCAGUCCAAUAUGCACGCUUUGGCGUGUACAGAGUUCUCUUCCACGCGUCGCGCAACCCUCAAUGUGGCAAUCGAUGAUUCCAAAACCUUUUCGCAAGGGCGCCGAUGGCUCACGUCCUAUUGGAGCAGUUAGGACUCAACGAUGGAACCCUGCGACUACCUAUAUCAUACUUGCAUUACUCGUUGGAUCACAAGCCAUUCAACUCAUGCAGAUACGACACAGCACAGCAAACAUCACUCGCGAAACGGAGGCAAAGUUGGCUUUACUGCGUGGAGUGAUCGAAAAAGUGAAGGCGGGAGAGGACGUGGACGUUGAAGGACUACUCGGGACCGGCAAUCGUGAGAAGGAGAAGGAGUGGGAAAAAUUUAUGAAAGAUAUUGAGGAAGAGGAUAUGCGACUGUCGACACACAAGGAGAAGAGACGGAACUCGGACAGGAUUGAUGAUCUGAAAAACCCAGAGGAAGAGCAAGUCAUCGUGACUCCCAAAACUUCAGUGGCUGAAGAAAAGAACAGACCGGCAAGAUUCGUAUGAGCCAAAUAUCAUGCACAUAUCACGCCUUGUUCAGCGGAUCGCGGAUCUGGAUCUUACCAUUACUAUAUUUUCCGAGAGCCGUGGUAUGCCCUCGCUGGAACCACCACCGAAGCCUUAACCGGCUGCCAUUAUGCUCGUACAGUACGUGUAAGGCACGCUCAAAGUCUAAAGACACAUUGGAACUCUGGUCGAAUCGAGUAAAGUGGCACUAUCCGCGUAUAGAUCGAACGGACUAGUCCCAUGU